UUGAGGCACACUCUUAGAUGGACUGCGUGGACUAGAAACAACUCUUUCAAGCAGGAUUACUCCAACGAGGGAUUCAAGUGCAUGGGGUUAUGCCCGUCGUUUCCCUCUAGGCUUUCGGUUCCUUGGGCCUUACUUAUCAUGCCCAGUCACCACUUUUGGCGAGGUGGAAGAGAUCUCGCUUCCUACCUUUACUCUGAUUUCAGGCACGGCAUACAACCUGACUCGAAUGUGGCUCGCGCCAAUCCUGUCUCUGCUGCUUAUGGUGGCAAGUACGAUUGCAUGGCCGUCACCUCCGUUGAUGAUACCCUCUGCAUCCGCUGGCCCACCAAGAAACACGCUACGAAAAACCAGCCCUCGAACAUGGUGAAUAUCCACUUGUCGAAGGUCCACAGCAGUAAGGAUGGGUGUCAAUCAGACAGAUUUGCUCAAGAGUACCAUUGCCAAGUUGCCAUACAAGAACUGUAUGAUCGGAAGGGACGAGGAUCGUCUUGCCUGCAGAGGCUGCUUCAAGGCUCCCCUCCCAUGCCUCCGAUGUCUACUUGCUCCAGUGGAGAUGGAUGUUAAACGAGGAUGAGUGAAACACUUCCUGCGCUGAAAAUUUUUUUUUUUAGACGCGUACUGUCGAUGUUUAUGUCAAAUAUAUAUUGGUUAUCCAAAUCAGUGGGAGGGUAACAGAACUUGCUGUGUUUCUGGGAAGCGCCCGUAGAAGAUGGAUUUGAAUCAGGCGACGAUGCCAAAAUCAUAAAUCCCUCUGGGAAUAAACAUUUCUCAGUAAAU